CGCCGCCCCCGCCGCCCGCCGGCCAUGGCGCACCAGCUCCUGUGCUGCGAGGUGGACGCCGUCCGCCGCGGCUACCCCGACGCCAACCUGCUCAACGACCGGGUGCUGCGCGCCAUGCUCAAGGCGGAGGAGACCUGCGCGCCCUCCGUGUCCUACUUCAAGUGCGUGCAGAAGGAGGUCGCGCCGUCCAUGCGCAAGAUCGUGGCCACCUGGAUGCUGGAGGUGUGCGAGGAGCAGAAGUGCGAGGAGGAGGUCUUCCCGCUGGCCAUGAACUACCUGGACCGCUUCCUGUCGCUCGAGCCCGUGCCCAAGAGCCGCCUGCAGCUGCUGGGCGCCACCUGCAUGUUCGUGGCCUCCAAGAUGAAGGAGACCAUCCCGCUGACGGCCGAGAAGCUGUGCAUCUACACCGACCACUCGGUGCGGCCGGACGAGCUGCUGCACAUGGAGCUGCUGCUGGUGAACAAGCUCAAGUGGAACCUGGCGGCGAUGACCCCCCACGACUUCGUGGAGCACUUCCUCUCCAAGAUGCCCGUGGCCCCCGAGAGCAGGCGCAUCAUCCGCAAGCACGCGCAGACCUUCGUCGCCCUGUGCGCCACGGAUGCCAAGUUCAUCUCCACCCCGCCCUCCAUGGUGGCCGCGGGCAGCGUGGCGGCGGCCGUGCAGGGCCUGCACCUGGGGGCGUCCAGCGGCUUCCUGGCCCCGCACCGGCUCUCGCGCUUCCUGUCCACCGUCAUCAAGUGCGACCCAGUGGCAGCCAGCAGAGACGCCCCCUCUGAGGCCCUGUCCCCUCCCGCCCCCCAGGACUGCCUCCGGGCCUGCCAGGAGCAGAUCGAAGCCCUGCUGGAGUCCAGCCUGCGCCAGGCCCAGCAGAGCCUGGACCCCAAGGCCGCCGAGGAGGCGGAGGAGGACUUGUCCUGCACCCCCACCGACGUGCGCGACAUCAGCCUCUGAGCGCCCC